AUGGGGUCACAUUCACUGCCCUCCGCGUCAGCGGCUGAUGCUGUUGCGAAACUGGCAGCAGCGGAAGCUUUGAAAUCAACUGCCGCCUCUGCCGCCUCUGCCCCUGGCAGUAGUACAGAGACAGCUUCAGGUACCGCACAAGGUGCGAGUGCAGCCGGGGACGCUGGUGCCGUCACUGUGGUGCCCUCCUCAGAUACCCCAGCAGUAGCGGUGGACCCAGAAGUUGAGGCGGAGGCCUACGAGCGUGCCAACGUUCACAACGUGUACGAGGCUAUUGCACCGCACUUUUCGGCCACGCGGUACAAGCCCUGGCCUGCCGUGGCCCAGUUCCUGCAUGCCCAGCAGCCUGGAUACGUAGGUCUCGAUGUGGGCUGUGGCAAUGGCAAGUACUUGGGUGUCAACAAGAACACCUUCAUGGUGGGCUCGGAUCGGAGUGCCAAUCUUGUUUCCCAUGCCAAUGAGCGUGUGAUGGAGCUACAGAAACCGCAGCAGCAGCAGCUGCUGCCUGAAGCUGAAGUCGCGAGAGCCCAAACAGGUGGCAGCAAGAAGGAGAAGAAGCAAAAAGGCGAGGUACCACAAGCAGACGGCGAGCGUGAGUCAGAGGCUCCGAAUGCCGUCAUUGGGAAAGAAACAGUCAGGGAGGUGGCAGUGGCAAACGACGUGCUGGUGGCCGAUGGGCUAUCGCUGCCCUUCCGUGAAGGCCGAGCUGACUUUGCUAUCUGCAUCGCCGUCAUCCACCACAUGUCCACCCGGGCUAGGCGACAGGAGGCCAUUCGACAGCUCCUGAAAUGCGUCAGACCCGGCGGCCAAGUCAUGGUGUACGUCUGGGCAUUGGAGCAGGGCGAGAGUCGUCGUGGAUGGGACGAGGGCGGAGAGCAGGAUCUGUUGGUCCCUUGGGUGCUGAAGAGUCAACAACCCAAACCCAAGAAGGAAAAGCAGCCAAAGCCCCGGAAGCAGAAGCAAAAGCGGCAGCAGCAGCAGAUGCAGGAGCAGGAGCAGGUGAAUACGCCAAUGCAGCAGCAGGACCAGAGUAGUAGCGAGCCACAGGAAGCUAUCGCCGCUGAAAGUGUUGGGGAAAAGGAGGCGACCCCAACAUCAUCAUCAACAUUAUCAUCAUCGUCCAUCCCGAAAGACACUAGCACGGCGAUCGGCGGCGGCACGGGGGCGGGCGUAACCGAACCCGCAAGCGCAGACGCAGACGCAGCCGCAGCCGCGGCGGCUGGCCCUGAUGCCAAGACCGACACCGGGGGUGUCGCCGCCAACGCCGACCCAGUCUUCCAGCGCUACUACCACCUCUACCGUAAAGGUGAGUUGGAAGAGGAUGUGUUGGCAGCGCGAGGCGCAGUCGUCAUGAGCGGAUAUGAGCGCGACAACUGGUGGGUCGUGGCUACCCACGCUACCAAUGACGAUAGUGUACAAACAUAG